UGAACAUCUCUAUGAAGCUCUCUCUUUUUUAAGCAUCAUCCCGGUGUGUGUGUGUGUGUGUGUGUUUUGUUUUCAUAGAGAUGUGAUGCAGAAUGCAACCUGCUGGUAUUUAAUACGCACUCAGUCGUCCGCAAGCGAGCAGAUGACAGAACAUGGCGGAGGGCUGGCAAUUCCCCUUAAAUCCCUCAGCCGUUAGUUUUACCGCAGUGGCCGCGCUUUUUUAGGGAUUUCCCCGCAGUUUGAGCAGCUUUUGUUUGCCGAUGCGCACUGCGGCAGUGGCUAUGACGUUAUUUCUGGGGCAUCUAUUAAACCACGAAAGUGGCAGCUGUCCUGGGACUGAUCCACUUCGACCUGUCUGGAACAAGAUCAUCUUUAGCGGACUAGUGACUUCAGCCGCCGACUGUGGUCGUCAUGGGAAAGGAGAAGCUCCACAUCAACAUAGUUGUGAUCGGCCAUGUGGACUCUGGCAAGUCCACCACUACAGGACACCUCAUCUACAAGUGUGGUGGCAUCGACAAGAGAACAAUUGAGAAGUUUGAGAAGGAAGCUGCUGAGAUGGGGAAGGGCUCAUUCAAGUACGCCUGGGUGCUUGACAAGUUAAAGGCAGAGAGGGAGCGUGGCAUUACGAUCGACAUCUCACUUUGGAAGUUUGAGACCAGCAAGUACUAUGUUACCAUCAUAGACGCUCCAGGCCACAGGGACUUCAUCAAGAACAUGAUCACUGGCACCUCUCAGGCUGACUGUGCAGUGCUCAUUGUAGCGGCAGGUGUAGGAGAGUUCGAGGCCGGCAUCUCCAAGAACGGACAAACUCGGGAGCAUGCUCUCCUGGCGUACACACUCGGCGUGAAGCAGCUGAUUGUGGGCAUCAACAAAAUGGACUCAACCGAGCCAAACUACAGCCAGAAGCGCUACGAGGAGAUUGUGAAGGAAGUGAGCACCUACAUCAAGAAGAUUGGCUACAACCCAGACACUGUCGCCUUUGUGCCCAUCUCUGGUUGGAAUGGAGACAACAUGCUCGAGCCAAGCCCAAACAUGACAUGGUUUAAGGGGUGGAAGAUUAACAGGAAGGAUGGCAGUGCAUCAGGGACCACACUAUUGGAGGCUCUGGAUGCUAUUCAGCCCCCAACGCGCCCGACAGACAAACCUCUACGUCUUCCCUUGCAGGAUGUCUACAAAAUUGGAGGUAUUGGAACUGUGCCUGUGGGUCGGGUGGAAACAGGAUUACUGAAGCCUGGCAUGGUCGUUACGUUUGCGCCCGUUAAUGUGACCACCGAGGUGAAGUCUGUGGAGAUGCACCAUGAGGCACUGAUGGAGGCCCUCCCAGGCGACAACGUGGGCUUCAACGUCAAGAAUGUGUCGGUGAAGGACAUUCGCCGUGGCAACGUGGCCGGGGAUAGCAAGAACGACCCUCCACAGGAAGCUGCCAACUUCACUGCUCAGGUGAUUAUCCUCAACCAUCCUGGGCAGAUCAGUGCUGGUUAUGCUCCUGUGCUGGACUGCCACACUGCUCAUAUUGCCUGCAAGUUUGCAGAGCUCAAGGAAAAAAUUGACCGCCGCUCCGGCAAGAAGCUGGAAGACAAUCCCAAAUCUCUCAAAUCUGGAGAUGCCGCCAUCGUUGAUAUGAUUCCUGGCAAGCCUAUGUGCGUUGAGAGCUUCUCCGAGUAUCCUCCAUUGGGUCGUUUUGCGGUGCGCGACAUGCGUCAGACUGUGGCCGUGGGAGUGAUAAAAGGUGUGGAGAAGAAAGUGUCUACCACUGGUAAAAUCACCAAGUCUGCUCAGAAGGCCCAGAGGAACAAAUGAAUGUUGUGCUGCUCUGCCGACCACAAGGUCUCCCAAGGCAGGACAGCCCUCAUCCAACUCCAUCUUAUGAUUGGCCACUUCAACUUAAUAAUCAAAGACUGGUUAAUCAUCACAAUGCAUCGCAAAAGCAUUCGAAGGAAAGAAAGAUGUUAGAUCCUCAAUCCAUGUUGCCAUACUCCCGAAUCCAUCUCAGUGGUUAGACUACCAUUGUGUAACAUGUGGAAACAAGAAGUU